GGGGAUAAUGGACGAAUACUUUAUGUGUCUAAAGAUGAUGGUAAGACGUGGAGCCCUACACAGCUUCCAGUUGUCACCAGUGACCGGUUCUUUUCUGUGUUGGACAUGAAUGAAGGGAUGCUAUUCAUGCAUGUUGAUGAUGAAGGAGACACAGGUUCUGGAACUCUGUAUACAUCUGAUGCUGAUGGAAUUGUGUUCUCUGUAUCUCUCAAGAAACACUUGUUUGCUGAGGGUUCUGCCACAACUGAUUUUUACCGUGUAGCAUCUAUGCGUGGUGUGUACAUGGCAAGCCAGGUUGGUGAUGAUCUAUCCAUUCAUACAAAUAUUACAUUUGAUCGUGGUGGCAUCUGGCAUCCUGUGAAGGCUCCUAAAGGCUCCAAGUGUAAAAACUCAGCAACAUCGUGUAGCUUGCAGAUCCAUAAUCGUUACAGCCAGAUUAAAGGGGUGAAUGCGCCAUCAAGCCCACUCAGUCAGUCAAGUGCUGUUGGACUUAUUUUGGCUCAUGGAAAUGUCGCCGAUGCUUUGGAGACACAUCCUCCUGAUGUUUUCAUUUCAAAUGAUGGUGGUUACAACUGGACAAAAGCAUUAUCUGGCCCCCAUCACUACACUGUAACAAACCAUGGUGGUCUUUUGCUGGCUAUAUCUGCCGAACAGGAUGUCACCAAUACUAUCAAGUUUUCUUAUGACGAGGGUCACUGUUGGAAUGAAUAUAAGUUCUGUGAUGAACCAUUCAGCAUUACAGGAUUAUUGCCAGAGCCAAGCACCAACUCUCUUAAUGUUAGCAUUUGGGGAUUCGGAUCAGAGGACAGAAGAUGGAGGAUUGUGACCAUUGACUUCAGUGCUGUACUUAAAGAUGAGUGCACAGAAAAAGAUUUUGAUGAAUGGGUUCCACAUCUGUCAAAUGAAAGGAGAGGCUGUCUUCUGGGGUUAAAUGAAACAUUUGAAAGAGUGAAACCUGAUUCCCUGUGCCGACUGAAUUAUGCCCAUGAGCCUAAAGCCAAACAAUCUAAUCCAUGUUCCUGUACUAAAGAUGACUAUGAGUGUGACUUUGGGUUUAGCCGCAAAGGUGAAAGUAAAGAAUGCAAAGUGAGUGCGGAUGUUGACCCCUCACACCUGGACAUCUGCAUUAAUGGAAACGAGGAGAAGAUCAAUACUUGGGGAUAUCGUAAAAUUCCUGGAGAUAUGUGCGUAAAUGGUUUUCAGCCAGUCAGAAGCAUGGACACACUUCAGCAGCAGUGCACAAGUGGUCUGGAGUCUAACUUGUCUGUGGAGCAGUUAGAUGGCCAUCAGGUAAAGACAUGGACAAUUGUCAUGAUUCUGCUGGCAGUUGCUUUCUUUUCUGGAAUUCUUGUUUUCUUGCUGUACAGGCACAACAAACUCCCCUGCACCAGACCAAGCUUGGCAUCAUACCGCUACUCACAGCUUAGUGAUGGAGACAAUUUGGAUAAGAUGAUUGACUUGGAAUCUCAUCCAACAUAUCAUGACUCCUCCGAUGAGGUAAGCACUGCCUAUUCAAUUGUUCAAAACAUUGUUGGUGUUUUUAAGCCCAUAUGA